AUGAACAGAGGAUAUGCGACGACGCUGAAGAACGAAUUCGGAUCCGUUCCGAGAUCAUCGGAGAGCUUUUUUGAUUUCUCAAACCAAUUUACCGGGGUGUUGACGAAAAUGAAUGAGAAAGAACUGCUCCAUGGGCUGAACGACCGUUUCGCCGGAUUCAUAGAGAAGGUGCGUCAUUUGGAGCAUCAAAAUGAAUUGCUCGAGAGGGAAAUCGAGGAAAUCAAACAGAAGGCACAGUCCCCUGCGUCUCUGGCCCAGGAGCACGAGCCGGAGCUUAUGGAUCUGAGGAAACGAGUUAAUGACAUCACCCUUCAGAAGCGUCAGAUCGAGAUAGAGCAUCAGAACCUGGAGGAAGAUUUCCUCACCUUGAGAGACAAGUACGAGCAGGAGGCGCGUGACCGCUCGGACGCAGAGAACGGCAUCCUUGUGCUGAAAAAGGACGCCAACGAUGCAUACCUCGCCAAACUUCAGUUGGACAAGAAAGCGCAGUCUCUAGUGGACGAGAUCCACUUCCUGAAGAAGAACCAUGAGGACGAGGUAUCGGAGAUGGUGGCCAAGAUCCAAGAGGCUCAGGUAACGGUCAAGGCGCACGACUUUGGCAAACCCGAAAUCACUGCGGCUCUCCGGGACAUCCGUGCACAGUUAGAAGGUCACGCUGCCUCCGACAUUCAGCAGGCGGAGGAGGGCUUCCGUGUCCAGUUCGCAAAGUUAACCAAAGCGGCAGAGAGCAACAGAGAGGCGCUGAAGGCGACCCAGCAGGAGAUCCAGGAGAAUAGAAGGUGCCUGCAGGGAAAAAAUAUUGAACUGGACUGCGGGAAAGGAACGAGAGAGGCCCUGGAAAAACAACUACACGAGCUGGAAGAGCGUCACUAUGUGGAAAUGAUUCAUUACCAGGACACUAUCAGGCAGCUGGAGAAUGAGCUGACCAAUGCUAAACUAGACAUGUCUGGCUACCUGAGAGAGUACCAGGACCUGCUGAAUGUCAAAAUGGCUUUGGAUGUGGAGAUUCUCUCUUACAGGAAACUCCUGGAGGGUGAGGAGUCCCGUCUGUACACCAUCUCUGACACCCACAUCUCCAUGCCCUGCAUCUACAACCAGCCCCCCGUCUACACCCUGCCUUGCCUGGCCCGGCAGGGAGGUCCCACACGCAGAUCUGUGCCCCAGUACAAGUUUGUAGAGGAGAUCAUAACUGAGACCACCAGAGAGGUGGAGAUGUCCGAGAUCGAGGAGACAGGCUCCGAGGAGACAGGCUCCGAGGAGACAGGCUCCGAGGAGACGGUCGGGGGACAGGGAGAGGAGCUGAGACAGAAGCAGGGAGAAGAGCGUGACAAAGCUGAUAGGAGGAGUGGGGAAGAGGAGGAUGAAGAGAAAGAGAAAGAUGGAAGUAAAGUGGAUCUUGAAGUGGGACGCCCCAGAGGAAAAGGGUGA